AUGUCUCUCAAUAUCCCCAACGCCCCCAACGCGGGCCUCUUCAAGCAGGGUUAUAACAACUACGACUCUGAAGAUGGUGCCGUCCUCCGCAACAUCGACGCCUGCAGGGCAAUUGCGUCCACCGUCCAGACCUCUCUUGGCCCCUAUGGCCGCAACAAGGUCGUUAUCAACCAUCUGCAAAAGAUGAUUCUUACCUCCGACGCUGCUACCAUCCUCCGAGAACUCGAAGUCGUUCACCCCGCCGCCAAGCUCCUUGUCAUGGCCAGUCAGCAACAAGAAGCCGAGAUGGGUGAUGCCACCAACCUUGUUAUCGUCCUUGCUGGCGAGCUGCUCCGAAAGGCUGAGGACUUGCUACGCAUGGGUCUCAAGACAUCAGAUAUCGUCAUCGGUUACGAAAAGGCACAAAAGUUCGCUCUCGAGACCCUUGAGGAGCUAUCUGUCGAUAAGGUUGAGGAUAUGCGCGAUCAGGAGGAGCUCAGCAAGGCCAUCAGCACCGUCAUUGCCAGCAAGCAAAACGGAAACGAGGCUUUCCUUGCCGAUCUUGUUGCUGAAGCUGUCCUCACAGUCCUCCCCAAGAACCCCGCCAACUUCAACGUCGACAACAUCCGUGUCGUCAAGAUCAUGGGUGGAAGCCUGGAGCAGAGUAAGGUCGUGAAGGGCAUGGUCUUCCCCAAGGAGCCCGAUGGUUCAAUCAAGAAGGCCAGCCACGCCAAGGUCGGUGUCUUCACUUGCCCUAUCGAUGCUGGACAAACUGAGACCAAGGGAACUGUUCUUCUGCACAACGCCAAGGAGAUGAUGGAUUUCACAAAGGGCGAGGAGUCUCAACUCGAGACCUCCAUCAAGGAGCUCUACGACUCCGGCCUCCGUGUCGUCAUCUGCGGAGAGCGAGUCGGUGACCUGGCCAUGCACUACCUUAACCGCUUUGGCAUUCUGUGCAUCCGAAUCCUUAGCAAGUUCGAGCUUCGAAGAGUCUGCCGUGUCGUCGGCGCCACCCCUCUGGCGCGGUUAGGAGCCCCUAUGCCGGAUGAGAUGGGCAGCAUCGACGUUGUCGAGACUCUCGAGAUUGGUGGUGACCGAGUCACAGUCUUCCGUCAGGAGGAUGAGGUCACCCGAACAGCCACCCUGGUUCUCCGAGGUGCUACCCAGAACCACCUUGACGAUAUUGAGCGUGCUGUCGACGAUGGUGUCAACGUUGUUAAGGCCAUUACCCGCGACCCUCGAUUGGUCCCUGGUGCUGGUGCCACAGAAGUUGAGCUCGUCGAGAGAAUACAGGCUUACGGUGAGAAGACCCCUGGUCUCAGCCAAUAUGCCAUCAAGAAGUUCGGUGAGGCUUUCGAGGUCGUGCCCCGUACUAUCGCAGAGAGCGCUGGUCUUGAUGCCACUGAAGUUCUGAGCCGACUGUACGCUGCCCAUGCCAACAGUGACCGGUGGGACACUGGUAUUGAUAUUGAGAACGAUGACAACACUGGUCUUCUUGAUGCUAAGGACGAGGGAAUCCUCGAUCUUCUCAUCUCCAAGCAGUGGGCUAUUAAGCUUGCCACCGAGGCCGCUCGCACAGUCCUGUCCGUUGACCAGAUCAUCGUGGCGCGACAAGCCGGUGGACCAAAGCCCCCAGCUCCCAACCCUAACUGGGACGAGGACUAA